UGUCUUUCUUUGAAUGGCAGUUAGCAGAGGAGGAGGAAGGCUCUGGGAGGUGGCCACAGGGCCAGCGUCCCUCUUGUUGAGUUUCCGAUCAGCUCAAUCCCGGAUUAGUUGACUGACGGAGUCGCUGCUUAGCCCUUCCCAAUUCAGACCUUGCAGUUGCACCCAGGUUACCUUGUAGCACUCAGUGAACUGGAUUGACAGCUGGGGGAUGGAGGCCUUCACCGGGAGCUUUGAAUGAAUGCUUAGGACCAGGACCUGGCUUACAGACCUCACUUCCUCAGCAACAGAACAGAAGGGCUCUAACUUCAAAAGCUUCCUUGCAGAAGCCAUUGUGCAAGCUUUCUGCAACGUUGCUGUGUUUACUGUAGAGUAUUUAUAACAGCAGAUCAAGAGACUCCAGAGGAAACUUUCCUCCCCGGGAAUGUUUCCAUCGCUCCCGGGGGCAAAAGCCGAGCAGUUGUACUCUGCGCCUGAACCAAGAAGGGAGCUCUGUGUCAACCAGAAGGCUCAGAUUAGACUGAAAAAGCCCAGUGCUGCCUCUUUCAGGGGACACAAACAGGUGCGAUCCAGAGAGAGAAACUGGUCUCUCAUUAGCAGGUCCCUGGAUGCCACGCAGCGCAACGUCCUCGGCCGCCCAGUGCUUUCAAAUGGCCGGGAGUUGACCACGCCCACAAAGAUGACGCUGCGCGAGCAGCUCAGAGCAAAGAUCUCGGCAGCCUUUUACCGCCAUGGGUUGCUGUGUGCCUCUUACCCGGUACCCAUAAUCCUCUUCACCUCUGCCAGCAUCCUCACCUGCUGCUAUCCCUUAUUGAGGCUUCCCCUCCCCGGGACGGGUCCUGUGGAGUUCACCACAGGGGUCCGAGACUACAGCGUCCCUUCCCAUGAGCCCCACGGGGACCAAGGAGAGCGACCUGACUGGUACCGAGGUCCUCCGGUCGCCUACAUCCAGCAGGUACUGGUGAAGGCAGCGGUGUCUCCGUGGGACAGCAGCCUGGUUCCUGUGGAUGUGUUUCGGUCGCCUCUGGGUCAGGUCUUCAGCCUUCUGGAGGAGAUUCGCAAUCAUGUUUACUCUGACAGCUCUGGCGUUCGCAGCUUGGAGUCGCUGUGUCUCCAGGUGACAGACCUGUUCCCAGGGUUACGGCGGAUGCAGACCGUGCUGCCAGAGCACGGAUGCCUCCUCGUCUCACCUGGCAACUACUGGCAGAACCAGCGGGAGCUGUUCGACUCGGACCCUGACCUUUUCAAAACAAUCCAGAAACAUGAACCCAAAGGACUGCACACCUCUGCGACCCUGCGAGAUCUUCUCUUUGGUGUCCCUGGAAAGUACACGGGGGUCAGUCAUUACAACAAGAAGAGGGUGGUCACAUACACCAUCACUGUGGUGCUGCUCAGCUAUGAUGCAAGGUUUCUAAACAGUCUGAGGGCCCGUCUGAAGCAGCUUCAUCCGUCAGCCAACUGCAGCCUGAGAGAAGACCACAUGGUUCACGUACACUUCAAGGAGGAGAUCGGCAUUGCGGAGCUCAUACCUCUCGUUACCACAUACAUCAUCCUAUUUGCUUACAUCUACUUCUCCACACGAAAGAUUGACAUGGUGAGGUCCAAGUGGGGUCUGGCGCUGGCCGCUGUGGUCACUGUCCUCAGCUCGCUGCUCAUGUCUGUGGGGUUGUGCACGCUCUUUGGACUGACACCCACUCUAAACGGAGGGGAGAUCUUCCCGUACCUGGUGGUUGUGAUCGGUCUGGAGAACGUCCUGGUCCUCACCAAAUCUGUGGUUUCCACCCCUGUUGACCUGGAAGUCAAGCUCCGCAUUGCUCAGGGCCUCAGUAAUGAAAGCUGGUCUAUCAUGAAGAACAUGGCCACUGAGCUCUGCAUCAUUCUCAUCGGAUAUUUCACUCUGGUGCCCGCUAUCCAGGAGUUUUGUCUCUUUGCCGUCGUGGGGCUCGUCUCAGACUUUUUCCUGCAGAUGUUCUUCUUCACAACGGUUCUGUCUAUAGAUAUACGUCGCAUGGAGCUGGCCGACCUGAACCGCCGCCUGCCGGCUGAAGCUGGUCUCCCUCAACCCAAACCGGUUCCCCUUCGAACACGAGAGGCUCCGCCUCCUCCACGGCCCUCGCCCCACACCAUCACCCUGCAGACCCCAGCCUUUAGGAACCUCAGGCUCCCCAAGAGGCUGCGCGUGGUGUACUUUCUGGCCCGCACUCGUCUGGCUCAGCGCAUCAUCAUGGCUGGCACUGUAAUCUGGAUUGGAAUCCUCGUCUACACCGAUCCUGCUGGAAUCCGAACUUACCUGGCUGCACAGGUGUCCGAGCAAAGCCCCCUGGGAGACCCCGGCGUGUCAGGGUUAUCCCCUCACCUGGCUGUGGCUCCAGUUUUUGGAGCUGGAGAUCCCACCAGUACCUUGAGCAUUCACCCCGCUCCAGAUCCGACUCCCGUACCAGAGAACCAGUCACAGGGUCACCUGCCUCUGCCCCCGCUUUCACAUUCAGUCCCUCAAAUCACCUGGGGGGCCGAGGACGAGGAGGGCUGGAGGAGGCUGUCCUUCAGGCACUGGCCCUCACUCUUCAGCUAUUAUAACAUCACUUUAGCAAAACGAUACAUCAGCAUCUUACCUGUGAUUCCAGUCACAGUUCACCUGAGCCCCCAGGAGGCCAUUGAGACGCGCCACCCUGAUGACACGAGACACCGCCCCCCACCAAUCCCCAAGGUUUCUGCAGAUGUACAGACGGACCUCACGCUCUACAAGGUGGCAGCUCUGGGUCUGGCUGCAGGCGUUCUGCUGGUUCUUCUCCUCUUCUGUCUCUACCGGGUUCUGUGCCCUCGUAACUAUGGCCAAAAUGGCGUCCCUCACGGACGCCGGCGGCGAGGAGACCUGCCAUGUGACGACUACGGUUAUUCUCCGCCUGUCAGCGAGAUCUCCCCCCUCCUGUUGAGAGGCCACAGUAUGGACAUCGAGUGUCUGGCCAGUGACGGGAUGCUGCUGGCCAGCUGCUGCCUGGCUGGACAGAUCCGGGUUUGGGACGCCCAGACAGGAGACUGCCUGACCGUCAUCCCAAAGCAGUGGCUGAGGCGGAGCAGCAGCAGUUGCUGCUGGGAGCAGCGUGAAGGUUUGGAUGGUUUGAGCGGAGAACCUGAAGGUUUAGGUUUUGAAAGUCGGGAUCCCUCCAUGAGUGGGGAGAACUUGACAGAAGAAGACUAUUUCCCGCUGCGGCGCCGCGCCUCGCCCUCCAGGGUGGCUCUUUUCACCGACCAGCCCGAUCUGACUCCUCUCAUUGACACCAACUUCACCUCCCAGCCCCCGUCUCACCUGUCCACCCCCCCCAAAGACGGCUUUGACUACGGCAGUCUGGUGGAGCGUGCGUACAUAGAGCACGAGCCGCCAUCGCCGUCCAGCUACCCGUGUCCCUCCUCUGCGUCUUCCUCGCCAUCCUCAGCCGCUCAGCCUCAAAGGAGACUCAGCAUUGGCGAUGGAGGCGGGGCCUUGUGCCAUGAGAGAAGCUCCGGAGCCGGGCCUCAGGCGGCUGCAGACUGGGAGAGCUCUGUGUGGGCCAUGGAGCUGAGAGGAAACCUGAUCGCCGCAGGGAGGAGCAGCGGCAAACUGGAGUUGUGGGAUGCAGUUGAAGGGUCUCUGCGAUGCAGAAAUGAGGACGGAGUCUCUGGAAUCACAGCUCUGGCCUUCCUGAACAACAGAAUUGUAGCAGCUCGUCUCAACGGAUCCUUGGAUUUCUUCACAGUGGAGAUCAACAAACCUCUUGCUCUGCUGCAGUACAGAGGAGCCCCCGGGCGAGGAAGCAUGCCUCCGUCUCCCUGUUACAGCAGCGAGGAUGUGAUCAGCUGCCAGCUGACGCGCUCCGUGCAGUGCGCUCACCAGAAGCCCAUCACGGUGCUGCGAGCGGCUGCCGGCAGGGUGGUCACCGGCAGCCAGGACCACACAGUCCGGGUCUAUCGCCUGGAGGACUCGUGCUGCCUCUUCACCCUGCAGGGUCACUCUGGAGGAAUCACCGCCAUCUACAUCGACCAGACAAUGGUUCUGGCGAGUGGUGGGCAGGACGGCGCCAUCUGCCUGUGGGACGUCCUGACCGGCAGCCGUGUCAGCCACGUGUAUGGUCACCGCGGCGACGUCACGUCACUGGUCUGCACUACCUCUUGUGUCAUCAGCUCAGGCCUGGAUGACCUCAUCUGCAUCUGGGACCGCAGUACCGGGAUCAAGCUGUACUCCAUACAGCAGGACAUGGGUUGUGGGGCCAGUCUGGGGGUCAUCUCUGAGUCUUUGCUGGUAACGGGGGGCCAAGGCUGCGUCUCCUUUUGGGACCUGAACUUCGGCGACCUGCUGCAGACGGUCUACCUGGGCCAGAGCAGCGACGGUCAGGUCGUGCGGCAGCUGCUGGUGCUGGACAACGCCGCCAUCGUGUGCGACUUCGGCAGCGAGCUGAGCCUGGUCUACGUGCCGUCGGUGCUGGAGAAGCUGGACUGAUGGGCGCUCAGCCGCUGGUGGGAACACUCGCAAUCAUGAAAUGCAAGACUUGUUUUUAUCAAAAAAAAAAAAAAGGAAAAAAAGACGGCUGUUGCUGUGAGGAAGAAGAGCUGACUCUUCAUCAGCGCCGUCGGAGUCCGUUAAAGAAAAGCUGUCCCAAGUUUGUGCUCUUUUUGUGUUUGCUUCGUGGCUCUGCCCUGAAUGCUGCUGACUUGGGCGGGGCUUUGCUUUGACCCCGCCCACCCCAGGAGGAGAAACCAGUCACCUCCUUUUAUUGUUUUUUUAUUCCUGCUGUCCCGUCUGCAGCAAAGCCCGCAGCUCCUCCAGCUGCUGGAUGCGUGUUUGUGAAUCUUUUAACGGAAAACACUGCUGAGAACAAAGAGAUGGUUGUGUGUCUGUGAGUGUGUGUGUGUGUGAGAGAGAGAGAGUACUGAUGAUCUGAAGAAAACCUCCAGAGGAGGACGUUUUUAUAUGUACAAAAAAAAAUUAUUUAUUAGUGAUAUAUUUUUGCGCAACGUUUUGUUUACGAGCGGUUAAUCCCAGAUCUGAACGGUGAAUCUAUGAUGAAAGGAUGUGAGAGGCUGUUUUUGUGGAGAUCAAGCUGGAAAAGUGUUUGUUGCUGUGACACGUCCGUGUUGAGGGGGAAAAAUCCAAACCCGCUUUGCUAAUCGGGGGUUACUGAAUCUUUGUAAUCCCCUGUCUUUACUCUCAGAACCGCUCAAAUUCAAAAUGACUGAGAUUUUAUAAAUAUAACACCGGAGCUCCAGUGUUUAUGUUCUUUGAUUUACUGUCACUUUUUAACUGUUCACAGGAUGAUUCCAGCAGAUUCUGAAGGAGA